AUGUCAGCAUUACGCUCCGUUGUAAACGUUGGACGUUGGUCAGCCCUUGCUUUUGGUAUCGCGUACGGUUUUGCCCGUAAUGCUUCGUUGCAGAAGCAGGAGAAACAGAAGGAGGCACAGCGCGAAUACAAACACAAGGAAGAGUUGAUUGAGAAAGCCAGAGCCGAGUAUGCCAGAAGAACAAACCCUUCACUUCUUGCCGUUGCUUCUGAAGUGAAGCCAAAAAUAGUCGCUUUCCAUGACAAGAUCUCGGAUGACGAUCUUGAGGUUCUCAUCAUCUCUUUGGAAGAUUGAAUUGACCAUUAACCAAGAACUGGAAGAGUAUUUUGUUGACUGGGAAGGGAAAAGGUGGGGAAGGAAUGGUAUAUUAAAGAACACGAAAAGUUAAAAAAAAAACAAAAACCAAAAAACAAAAAAAAAGGAGGAGGAGGACAAGAGGUUCCAGGACAUGUAUCUUAUUCUCUAGAGUUUGUAAGAUUUUUAUUAUUAUUUAUUAUUAUUCAUUCCUGUUAACCUUGUAAUGUCUUUAUUCUCUGUCUGUCUGCAUCUCUAUCUCUCUAUCUCUUUUGAUAUUAUAUGUGUGCGGGUGUGUACAUAAUAUACACACACGUAUACAUAUAAAGAUCUUGUUUUUUCUUUGAUAUAAAAUAUAUAAACAAUUACUUGUUGGAUGGUAUAUCU